UGUUUCCUCGUAUGUUCCUGCCCUGUCUCUGCGCCUGUGCUCAGCUUCCACGUGGGCUCCGGCUGCCGGGAUCCCCACAGCUUCACACAGGCCAUCGCCGACUGCCGGCGCGUGUUCGAGAUGGGCCGUGGGGUCGGGCAUGACAUGAGCCUCCUGGACAUUGGAGGGGGCUUCCCUGGAGUGGAGGGCUCUGAGCCGGAGUUUGAGGAGAUGGCGAGAGCGAUCAAUGCUGCCCUGGCCCAGGACUUCCCCGAGGGAGCCGGCAUUGAAGUCAUUGCGGAGCCCGGCUGCUUCUAUGCGGCAUCUGUCUGCGUGGCCGCGGUCAACAUCAUCGCCAAGAAGGCUGUGCUGCAGCCUGGAGGCCACCGGAAACUGCUGUACUAUCUCAGCGACGGCCACCAUGGCACCUUUCGCGAUUUACUCAGGGAGCCUUACCCCAGGGUGCCAACGGUGGUGAAGGAGCUCUGCUCAAAGCCGCCCCUCUUCCCCUGCAUCCUUUAUGGUCCCACGUGCACUGCCUUUGACAAGCUCUUCAACGAGGAAGUGCAGCUGCCUGAGCUGGACGUGGGUGACUGGCUCAUCUUCCCCUCCAUGGGCGCCUAUAGUGCAGCCCUGAGCUCCACCUUCAAUGGCUUCCUGCCUGCCUCCAUCUGCUACAUCGUGGGACCUGAGCUCAGGAACCUGCUGGAGACAGCAUCUUAAGCUGGGACAUGCAGCUUGAAGCGGCUCCAGAUACCUCGCUUCUGCAAAUGGUUCUUCCCAUCCAUCAAUCUUGCUGCUGCCUCCACUCAGCCACAACCAGAGGAAUCUUUUAUCAUCUGUGGGCUGAAGAGAUUUCUUCCCGGUCAUCUGAGGAGAAGGGAUGGCUGCAGAUGCC